CCUCCUCCUCCUCUCUCCCGGCUCCUUCGUCCUCGUCCUUCUCCUCCUCCUCCUUCCUCCUCCUCCUCCUCCUGGCGGGCUGCUGUGGAGUCAGCUGACGCCGCGCUCCAGCCUCGCCGCCCCAAAGUGGCUGCCAGACGGACGCCCACUUUCAGGGUUGGGGGCCCGAGAAAGUGAUGUGCGCCUUCUGACGCCCCGCGGAGCCGCGGCCCCAGCAGCUUCGCUUCUGCAACUUUCCGCCCCUCCGCUCCUUCUCCUGCCCCGGCCCCAGCCUCCCCAGAGCCGCUCGGGGGUCGCCGGCUGGCUGGGAUGGCUUCCAAUUUUAACGACAUAGUGAAGCAAGGCUACGUGAGGAUCCGGAGCAGACGCCUCGGGAUUUAUCAGCGAUGCUGGUUAGUAUUCAAGAAAGCUUCAAGCAAGGGUCCAAAAAGAUUGGAGAAAUUUUCUGAUGAACGUGCUGCGUAUUUUAGGUGUUACCAUAAGGUUACAGAACUCAACCAUGUGAAGAACGUAGCUCGAUUGCCAAAAAGCACCAAGAAACACGCCAUCGGGAUUUAUUUCAAUGAUGAUACCUCCAAGACCUUUGCUUGCGAAUCAGAUCUUGAGGCAGACGAGUGGUGUAAAGUCCUCCAGAUGGAGUGUGUAGGGACGCGGAUCAAUGACAUCAGCCUUGGAGAACCUGACCUACUGGCUACCGGGGUCGAGAGAGAACAGAGUGAGAGAUUCAAUGUGUAUUUGAUGCCAUCUCCUAACCUCGAUGUGCAUGGCGAAUGUGCCUUGCAGAUUACGUACGAGUGUAUCUGCCUUUGGGAUCUCCAGAAUCCCAGAGUCAAACUCAUUUCUUGGCCGCUAAGUGCCCUGCGGAGGUAUGGAAGAGAUACCACGUGGUUCACCUUUGAGGCGGGGAGGAUGUGUGAGACUGGUGAAGGGCUGUUUAUCUUUCAGACGCGAGAUGGGGAGGCCAUCUAUCAGAAAGUCCACUCCGCUGCUUUGGCCAUAGCGGAGCAGCAUGAGCAUUUGCUACAAAGCGUGAAAAAUUCAAUGCUGCAGAUGAAGAUGAGCGAGCGGGCCGCCUCGCUGAGCACCAUGGUGCCCCUGCCGCGCAGCGCCUACUGGCAGCACAUCACCCGGCAGCACAGCACCGGGCAGCUGUCCCGCCUGGAAGAUGUCACCAGCCCUCUGAAGCUUCAUCGAACAGAGACUUUUCCUGCCUACCGGUCCGAACACUGACAGUAACUGCUGAGAAUUCUUAGCACUCUUGUGGUGUGUCAGCCACAAAUCCACGUGGGAGGCCACAGGACGGCAGCAAGGAAAGCCACGGCGAAGGGAAGGAGCAUAUAAAGUCCUAGCUCAUUGUGUGGUCAUUGGGAAUCUGCAAUCCAAUAUAUAUUUUUCCUUUCCCUUUUUCUUUUUCUUUUUUAAAUAAAAGUCUCAGCCUAAAUGAAACAUGCUGUAUAGAUACCAGCAUUCUUUUUUCCCUUUUACAGCUGGAUGGAAAGGAGUCAAUGCCACAGAAUGAUUUUCUAUUGUAGAUCCUAUGUCCCUUGUGCUUCUCAGAAUCUGUCCUUUUGUGAGUUUGUGUGAUUUUUCUUUCGAGUGUUUCAAUGGUAUGACAGUUAGUAUUGACAAUAAAAUGGCUCUUAAUUAUU